AUGACCCUGGUGCUGCCCAUGCAGCGGCUGGGCCGCCCCAGCGCCGCCGAGGGAACCGCCGACCUCGCCGCCUACCGCGCCCUCUGGGAGCCGCCCGCCUGCGGCCGCCCCGGCCCCACCGCCCCCGGCCCCGCUCCGGUCGCCGCCGGUCCCCCCGCCGCAGGAUCGCAUUACAGGGGAAUUUCAAAUCCUGCAGCGGCAUCCAAGAUCGCAUACUUUAAAAGGAAAUAUGUGGAAGAAGAGGAUUUUCACCCGCCGCUCAGCAGCUGCGCGCACAAAACAAUCUCAGUGUUUGAGGAACGAGCCCAUAUUCUUUACAUGUCUUUGGAAAAGCUGAAGUUCAUUGACGAUCCUGAAGUCUACCUGCGGAGAUCCGUCCUCAUCAACAAUUUAAUGAAGCGAAUCCAUGGAGAAAUCAUCAUGCAGAACAACUGGUGCUUCUCCGCAUGCUCCUUUGGGGCUGCCUCGCCGCAGGAGUGGUUCGUGCCUCAGGACUGCCCCUACCGAAAGCGUCUUCGGAUGGCCAAGGAGGAGUAUGAGAAGCUCCACACAUGCUGCUUCUAUCAAGAAUGCGGCAGUCACUACUUGAACCUUCCCUAUUCGGUCAGUGCCAGCACAGAAAAUACUUCUUCCUCCUCUCCCUCCUCCUCUUCAUCCCCCAUUUCAUUGCCGAGCUGUUCUCAGCAGGUGGAUUAUGACAUUGGCAGUGCCCCCUCUUACAGGAGUGACGAGCAGAUACCUGCAAGUGAAAUAUUUGUCACUAAUGCCAGGCCUCAUGCUAAUCAGGACAAGGCCAAAUUCACUGACGAGAAGGGCUGCGAAGAACCUGAACGAGACAACGUGCCCCUAAACUGUGAACCUGUACGAGGCACUCAUGCUUUUGAAUGUAAAGGCAAAUUUUAUGACUAUUUUGAGACUGGGUGUAAUGACAAGAGUGAUGUAAGCGAAUCUUGGAAAAAAUCCUUACGGAAAAAAGAAUCUUUACCAAGUAAUAAAAUGUGCUGCAGCAAAGGAAGUAAAAUAUGAGGCAUCUUUCUUGCUCCGUCGAAGCAUGUGCGCUUGUCUAUCAAAUUUUUAUUUUGAAUGGAUUUUUUAUAGUUUUCUACAAACGAUACAAUCACGCCACAAACAGUAGAGUAGUUCUAAAUGACUGGGGAGCAGAUUGCGUAGCACGGUGCUCUGAUCUGCAUCAGCGGGCUAUUUAUAAGUGUGGAGACUUCAUAAAGAACACAGUUGUGUUGCCACUUAGCGCUGUAGUCUGUGCAGCUAUGGUGUGGCUUUUGUUGCUGAAAAUACCAAUCAGCCAGAUGGGGAAAACGUAUCGUUGUAUACAUCGCCGCCCCCAAGAAGUCUGCCAUUAAUUAAGAAGAACCUCCAUUAUGUUUACGAAGGAAUUAGAAGUCUGGUAAACAAAUUGAUGCUACCAGCAAGGGCGAUGUGCUCCCUCCGACUCGGUGUUUGCUCUGACAAAGGACUGGCUACGGGGACUGAGUUAUAAACCGUCCUUACGCGUUGUACUGAUACUUCUGAACUCCUGGAUUCAGCGUCUUGUUCAACUGACAAAAUGGGACAUAGCAUAAGGAAAUAACCUGUUUGUGAGAUCUUAACCAGAAACACAACAUGCAACUCAAGCACUUGCGCGUUGUCACCUUGGCUGUAGUAACUAGUGGCGCUUGUUCUCCAGGGCAGGUUUUUUUUUUGGUGCCUUACUUUUUGUCUUAAUUUUUGCCAGCGUGAAAAUUAAGUAUAAAUCAGUGAUACAGCAGGGAUUUAACCUAAGCAGAAGAAAAAAAAGCACAGGGUGGAUCAACAUUAUUAGAAACCUUUAACCUUUGAAGUACUGAGUUCAACUUCCUAUUCAAACAUCUCUGUUCUUCCUUUUUGAUGCUCAAUUGCUUUUUGAUUUGCCAUCCUUAGGAAGGGAUUUAAGAAACAAUAGAGAGAUGUCUCUUGUAAACAAGCAUUCGAUGCUUGAGUGUUUCUAUGGCAACUGUCUGUUGCUGGGGCUCUUUUUUUUCCCUCUUCGUAUAAUGAAGUUCAUGAACCAGUGGCAUGUUUUAUACUUUAUUCUGUUUCGCAUAAUUUCUCUCUUUUAGAUUGCAAAAGCAUGCGGGAGUUUUAUAUUACUUUUGCUGUUGAUUUGAAAAAAGUCAACAAAAGAAAACAGAAAGCACAAUGUUAAUUAGUAAUGUGGCGAUAAACAUGAUUUUAUCUGAAUGAAUGUAAGGCUUUUAAUUUUAAAAAAGAACAUUUUGGAGAAAUGAGCUGAGGUUUCUGUGGCUAAGGACAACAUUUAGUCAUCCCUAGGUAGACUGUUUGCAGAACUGUGCUGUUGAAAAUGCCCAGAAGACAUUACCAGGAUUGGAGUGAGCAUUGUGAGUCCUAGAUGUACCAAAUUAAUUAGUUCCCACAGUCUCCCUAACAACUGGCAGGAUGUGCUCAGCAAAAUAGCCACAUCCAAGCCAUGGCGGGCUCAUAAUAGCUGCCUGUUCCCACAGCAUCAUGCGUCCAAGUGGCGUCUUCCCUUCUUGGUUCAUGUCCAGAGGGCAAGAUCCACCACAGUGCAGAGACCUCUGGGCUGUGAUUUUUUAGGACAGCAUGCACACCUCACUGUCACAUUUACAGUCUGGGCAGCUUUCAUGAGUGAGUGCAGUGGUGACAGGGAACAUGGUCCCUGCUUCCGAGCCAGGUGACCAUAGGGAAACGUUGAAGACGUCUUACCACUGUUACAACCUUUGUGUUGGCUGCGUGAAUGGGAACUGACAAGUUUGUAAGGGUCAUCGUUGUGAAGAAUGAGAGUCUAAAUCUCACCUGAUUUCUCCAAGACAAAAGCUUUUUUAUUAAUAAUAAUAAUAUUAAAUAUAGAUCUCAUUCAUACAGUGUAUGAGUAGGAUCAUCAUUUAGACAUUUGUCCACAUGGACCAAUUUUUAAAAAAAAUUGAUUUUUCUUGUGUUAUAUCCAGAUAGUCCAGUAAUGUCUGCUCUUUUCCAAUAUUUGAUAAACACUUGAUGUUUUAAGCUUAAAUAUUAGAUGCUUGUAUACUAAUGUGUUGUUGUAGUAAAGUGAGAUUUCCUUGAUAUAUAUUUAUUAAA